GAAGAAAGUUUGAUCGAUCCUUGAACCUCAUCGUAAAGAAGAACUGACCCUGUCGGACCUCCGUAAACGCUCCCUAGAAAGAAGACGCUUUCCCGAUCGGGACAGUGCACCAACUGUCUUUCCCGCAAUCAUCCUUCAAAUCCGCGAAGUUGGACUCUGGUUCGAAGUCCCUCCCUCCUGCCACAACUCCUCUCGGCUGGGCGUUAAGAUUUGGAUUUCCUCCCGAGCAAAGCAAAGCUAAGCUAUGAAAAGGGGAGAUCACGACCACGACAGAGAGAUGAAGGAAAGACGACGGGAGCUGCAGCGGCGAAGGGAAACCCUCGAGAGGAAGAAGGAAGACUAUGCCAAACAUAUCAAGGAGACAGAGUGGAGAACGAAAUUGGCACGGAAGAAGGUCGCAGAGGAAGAAGCCGAAGUGAAGAAAAAGUUGGAAAUCCUGAAUGGACUUCAAGACAAACUCCACCGAGCGGAAGAAGAACUGGAACGAUGCCAAAAAUACGCCGAUGGUCUUCAGCUCUAUCAGGACUGGAUGGAGAAGGUGGUGGAGACGAGCUGCGGGGAGUACGCGGAUCCGCAGGACGCCCUGUCCCGGUACGAGACCCUGAGGGACACGAAGCGGGAGCUCAAGUAUCAAUUCCACCAGACCCACAGGGACAUCUUGGAUCUCCGGAGCCAGAUCGAGAAAUCCACUAGGGAACACGGGAACGAAGUCCUCCGACUCAACAGCGCCAUCUCGAAGCUCCAACUGGAUGCAGAGAAAUGGAGCUGCCAAACCGUCUACUGGCAGGAGGAGCUACGGAGGCUGGAGGAAGCCCAGAAGAGCAAGGACUUCCUCAGCGGCCAGCUGGGAUUGACCCUGAGCAACCUGCAUGCGCUGCUGGAGCGAUAUCGCAAGGCCGCGGGGAUCCAGUCCAAGGCGGAAGAGGGGAUCGUGGAGGAGAUCGGGGAGUAUGCGGAGGACCUCCAGUGCGUCGUGGACGAGAUACAUAAAUUCCAGGGGGAGCAACAGAACAUGAGUUCCCUCAAGGUUCUCCCUUCCUCUCGAAUCGGGCCAUCGUGA